AUGCUUACUAAAUAUCCUUCCAGUAUUAGAUCGAAUGUUUUCAAGAAGGAUGAGAAGAAUGUUACCAAUACUUUAACAACAACCCAAAGGUCCGAAAAAGAAGCUAUAACUUCAGAACGUGUAAGGACUGUUGCAAAACUUGAGGGUAGAGGUCCUAACAAUAUUAACAAAGUUGAUUCUCACGUUCUAUGUGAAGAUAAAAAAGAGUCAUCUGUAUCAAAAGAAAAUAGAUCAUCAAAGGAAUCUGGGAAAGGUUCAAGUGUCUGCAGUUCGCUGGACGAUAAAGAUGAUUUUGAACUAUGUGUAUCGGGUUCACCUGAUGCUUCCAGAAUUUCCCCUCGUGUAAGCCAACUUUUGGACGAUUUAGAUGAUACCAUGAUAAAAAUAACAAAUGAUAAAGAUAAAUUUUUAGGUAUAAUCUCUGAAGAAGAUGAGAUUAAAUCACAUUCUAAUUCAAAUUAUAAUUUAGGAUAUAUAAUAAAUGAUUCUGAAAAAUUUCACAAGAACAAAAUAAGAAAAUCUGAUACGGAUUCCAAUUCUUUUACUUCGUCGAUUGUUGAAACAGAGAGUAAUACACAAUUCAAUGAUACUGAAUCUUCUACUUCCAAUGAACCCGAUUCUCCAUUAACCAUACCUAAUUGUAAAGAGUUUGAAAAAGGAAAGAAUUCCUUUAGACGCAAAAAUUCUGGACGUUCAAUACUUUCCGUUUUAUCUAGUUCCUCUAUACGUUCUUCAACUUAUUCCCUAAAAAAUUUUAGUAGAGGUUCUCUUUCAGAUCCCGAGGAAGAAUUUAGAAGUUCUUCACCUGGAUCUCUUUCAAAAGCUGAUAGGGUUUUGGGACGUACAGGAAUUGGUUCAUUAUCCUUAAGAAAACGUCGUUCAAAAUCAACAAUUUCAAUGUUAAAUCCAGAAAGUAGAUCAAUAAGUCCUUUAUCUCCAGAAUAUGAUCGACCAGGUUCUCCUGAUGAUGGUGAAAAACCUUCAAAAGUUGGUAAAAUCCUUGGUCUUACUGCUUCAGAAGAAAAAAUAUUAUUAGAAAAACCACCAACGGGAAAAAUCAAAAAAAAUCGUGGACUUUCUGCUUCACAUGCAGAUGAAAAAUAUUUAUAUCGUAAUAAGGAAAGAAAUGGAGGUUUAGGUUCAAACAAUAGUUUUGGUGUAGAUAGGACAAGUAAGGUUGGUAAAAUAUUAGGUUGGGAUGAAGAUAACCAUGUAAAAAGGACACCUUCAAUGUAUAUGGAUAAGGUGGGAUUUGGAUCUAGAUCUACAGUUGACUCUUCAGUUACUGUGGCUAGCAUUCGUAAUAAUUUAAUAUAUACUAGUUACUUGGCGAAACACCAAAGUUCUAAUUUUUUAUCGAAAGCAUGGAAAAAAAGAUAUUUUGUUCUUGCCAAAAACACUUUAUAUUGUUUCAAGUCACAUGAGUCAGGGUCAUCUUUGAUAGAAAGUUUUGAAAUAACAGCAACAACAGUAGUUUGUGUUAGUGAAGCUUUUACUGGAAAACCUUGGGUAUUAGAAGUAAGCAAAGGAGCAAAACCUUGGUUUCUACAGUCAGAUACUUUAGAUGAAAUGAAAAAGUGGAUGAAAGAAUUAAAGGGUACAGUAGCGAAAUGUAAAUAUAAUUCUCAAGAAUCAACAGAAGUAUCAUCAACAUCUCCUGAACUUUUUAUUAUGGAUCCACCAGAUAACAUUAAUGAAGAUGAUAAAUUUUCUCUAUCACCACCACCAAGACCAUCAAUGAUGACUUCUUUACCACCACCACCUCGAACAAAAUCUUCACCAACUGAUUCAGGUCCUCCCUCACCAACUCUCAUUCCAAUACCUGAAGUUGAAAAACAUUCAGGUCCAAUUAAAAUGAAAUUACAACGACGUCCUUCAUCACCAGUUGAAACUUUAUCUCCACCAAGAACACGAUAUGGACAAAAUAUGUCAAUGAUAAUAGAUGGAGAAUCUAAUUAUGUAUCUAAACGAGACGAAACACAAAAAUUAUCACAUAGUAAAGAAAGAAUGAAUUCAAUUAAUUCAGGGUUAUCCAUUUAUACUGAUGUGCAAUCUUAUAAAUCACAACCUUCACCAGCCAAUAGUUAUCGUAAUUCACCAACCAAACGAACAUCAGAUAAAAGAAUUUCUAAUCGACAAAGUAUACCUAUAUUAAUGCCAUCAUCAGUUAUAGCUUUACAAAAAACAAUGCCUUUACCAACUACAACGAUAUCAAAAAAUCAGAAACCUUUAAGAUUGUCAGUUAUACCAGAUCCACGAAUUAGUAGACUUAGUCCACCACCCAAUCCACCAAAUAUACCUUUACCACCCGUACCACCUCCUAGGCCACCAAUGAUAAUACCAAGACGUCAAAAUAUUAGACCACCAAUACCACCGAUACCACCACCAAGAAUUCGUCGACCUUCAAAUGAUGGAUACAAUAACGAAGGUUCAAAUGUUUCUACGAUGACACAAGUUAAAAUAAUGAACAUACAAAAUGUUCCAUCACAAAUACCGUCGUCAUAUGCUAGAUCUACAAUUCGUUCAAAAACCCAAAAUAUGGUAUAUCCCAAACAUACUAGUUUUCAAACUUUACCAUUUGUCGCAGUACCUUUAACACCUCCGACCAAAAAUGCAAUUGAAUUUCCAGAUGAUGAUGACCUUGACCCAGAUUAUGCUGAUGAAUUAGAAGCAUCUCGUCGACGAUCACAAAAAACCGAAGGAAGUGUAUCUAGUUCAGACACCACCUUCUUUUCUAUAACAUCAGAUAUUAGUAAUGAUCUUGAAGAUGAGAUACCUCAAUUAUCGGCAUCAGGAUUAACAUUUGUAAUGGUUGAGGAAACACUUGGUGAUGGGGAACUAAUAUUAGAUAUUCAAUGCGUGAAAAAUACCAAAGAGAAAAUGAAUGAUAAUGAAAAAAAAAGCAUAUCAACAGAAUCUAAGGUUAACGGCGAUUAUAUACCUAAUGUUGUUAAUUCAAAUAUUUCGUAG